CCCUCCCAGCCGUUCUGGGAUUUAAUUUCAUAUCGGAUUUUGGAGCUCCCAUGACUGAUGAGCCGGAUUUAAAUUCCCUUUCUGGUUUUGUGUCCAUGGCCGCCUCAUUCAACUUUGAUGGUUAGGGCUCUAAUGCGAUUCCCAGAUUUUUCUCAUUCACCGACUAUCCUUCUGGUCUUUCAUUUUCUGCGGAGCUCUUCUUUCUUUGGGGAGGAGACGUGCUUUAAGGCUUCUCUAGCCCUCUUCCUCCUAGCAACCGAGGCUUGCCCGAUGCACUUUUCUGUCUCGCUUCUGCGACAGUGAACGGCUUGGCCAUUGACGCCGAAACGAAUUUUGCGGCGCAUAGGGGGACAAAUGUGAGCUUCCUGUCGAUGACGUGGUCUGUGACGUAUGAGGAGAAGCCGGGCGUGCCGCAGGAAUACAGAGAAAAUGGAGCGGAGGGAUCAAGCACAAUGAGAAUGAACGAAGGAGGUGAAGCUGGAGCUCAAUGUUACUUGAGAUUGGCUGCAUAAACUGCAUCAUCCCAGGCUCUCUCUCGGGCAUCGAUUCUGUCAACCGAUAAGGCAACUGAACCUGUAAUUUUCCAUCUGUGGCUACUGGAAAUGAAUAUGUCUUUCGAUCGAUUCACAAUCAUUCCAAGCUCUUUGAUUUUGGCUCUCAGAGCAAAAACUCAUGCAGAUAUGGCUGGGGCGGAACCAAAACCAGAUUGGAUGGACUCUGAUGAUAAUGUAAGGGAAUCUAAGCCAAAUCAAAUGAAUCCCCAACUGAAGUGUGAAAGUGACGGUUGCAAUCAUAGAAUGGGGAAUGACAGGCCUCCUUGCUUGCCAGAGAACAGCACUGUUAUAAAUUUGGGACCGGAGGGUAAUCGACUACUCGUGCAGGCCUUGCUGAAAAAAAAGAAAAGUCCCACCCCUUGGAAAUGGAUUAUGAUGAUGAAAUGCAAUACAUCUAUGGAGAUCUGGAACCACUUGAAGAGAGUAAGUAUCUUGUUCUACAUGACUGGGAAUCAAAGCCCCACAAUAGCGCGGUGGUGGAGCCGAAAUUCGAGGCUGAAGCAGAAUCAGCUUGGUGGCUUCAUCAUCUAAACAGUGUGGUGGUGGAGCAGAGCAUCCAUGCUGAAGCAGAAUCAGCUUCAAGGCUUCUGCUUGAGUCAGAUACUGCUGGGGAAUCAAUAAUGACAAUGCUACCAGAGAUUGACUGGGUAGCCCCAGAAGAAAAGUGUGACCUCAAUAUUAGGUCAGACGGACUGAGAACCCAACCAUGUGGUGAUGAUAUUGAAGCAUCUGAGCCAACUUUAGCUCAAACAGAGUCUCGACUGAAACACAAGGCCGGCGGUCUCAUUGUAGAGAAUGAUUUUGUUCUUCCUGACUUCAUAUCAAAACCCAACAACAGCUUGCUGAGGGAGCAGAAACUCCAAGCUGAAGUAGAAUCAGCUGCGAGGCUUCUGCCUGACUUGAAUCUUGUAGUAGAGGAAUUAGUCCCAAAAGAAAAUAGUGAGCCCAAAAGUUGGCUGCGCAGACUGAGAACCCAACCAUGUGAUGAUGAUAUUGAAGUAUUUGAGCUAACUUUAGCUCAGACCGAGCCCCAACGGAAACCCAACGCAGACAUUCCCAUACUAGAGAAUGAUCGUACACUACCCAACUUUGACUCAAAGGCCCAUAACAGCUUUGCGUUGGAGCCGAAAUUGCACACUGAAGCAGAAUUUGCUUUGAGGCUUCACCACCAACAUAGCAUGAUGUUGGAGCAGAAUGUCCAAGCUGAAGCAGGAAGCAGAAUCAGCUUCAAGGAUUCUGCCUGAGUCAAAUCCUGUUAGGGAAUCAGCAAUGACAAUGCAACCAGAGUGUGACAGGGCAGAAUUAAAAGAAAAUUAUGUGCCCAAAAAUGGGCAUGCUACACUGAGAACCCCACCUUGUGGUGAUCACGUCGAAACAUCUACUAAGCCAACUUCAGCUCAAGCAAAGCCCCAACUGAAACGCAAGGCUGGCAGUCCUAUAGAUUCAGCUGUGAUCAGGAAAGUGAAACAAAUGAUAAACCGUGUGGAUAAGGUAAACUGAGUUUUUAUGCCAGGGGAUCUAAAAUUUCAUUUACAUUUAAGUCUUGAUUGAUUAUUUUGGAUGUUUUGUUCCUGAUACAUGCUGCAGGUUUAGGUUAGAGCUAAUCUAAUUUGUGAUUUGUGUCUGACGUAACAAAAUUUUUAUUUGGUUACAUCUGCUGUUGGGCUUUGUAACUGAUUAAUGUGAUACAUACAUGAAUAUGACGUAUUUUUCUUCUUUUUGUCAUCCUGGUGCUCCUUCCUUGCCAUCACCAAAGUUCAAGUCAAAGGAACUUCCUAAUACUGUUGAAUCUUUAAGGUCUUUGUGAAUAGCUAGUAGAUCGAUUUUUCCAGUACUUAAUCCAUCAGUAACCCUUGCAUAUUUUGUGCAAUGUCACAUGCACAACGCAUAUAGUUCCCCCACCAGAUACAAUAACUCCACUUCUCUGCUCCCCGUAUGAUAUUCUCUGCUGCACAAAUGUAGUCUCUCUCUAUUUUUCAUUCGCUUUCUCUCGAUCGUACCAGAGAAGUAAGUACUCUCCUCGACAUAUAGAUAAUGUUGUGGAAGUUGAGGUAUGUAAAUGGUGCAUUCGUUAGCCUCUGAAUGCUACCCUGUUCUUGAAAAUAUAUUUUAGUAUAACAGAGAGAUUUGCUUUCUGAUUUUUCACCACAGCUUUUAUUAGUUAAAAUUUGCUGAAGAACAUUUCUGGGUUUUUUUGUUAAAAUCUUUUAUUGUCAACUUUUGACAAUAUAAUAUCCUUUCUUUGCAUUCUGAAAAUCAUGGUUUUGCAGGAGCAGCAGUGAAGAAAAAAUUUCUACAGCGGGAACUGCCGAGGCAAUAUAGGGCCUCUGCAUAUGCAGCUUGAUAUAAUAUCUUGUUGAUACUUAGAUUUAUAAUGUUUAAAGACAUUGUUUCCAUAGAAGCAACUGUUUUUUUAAUGAUCAAGUUACUGCAGAAAUGAACUUAGAAAUUUUCCGGCCUUUAGUAACUAAUUGUUAUAUUGUGAACUUUAAAUAGUCACAUUAAAGUUGAAGUAUGCUCUAUUAUUUCUGCAUUCCUUUCUAUAGUUUUGCUGGGCAACCUAAGCAACAUAAGAUCAAAUAUUGUUGCAACUUCUGUGUGCAUUAAU